UUACCACCGCAAACAGUGACUGCAAAAUGCCUUCCUUUCUCCUUUUCUAAAAAAAAAAAGUGUUUGGGGAAAACUGGUGUCCUUCCUGGAGAAGCAGUCAGGGGCACGGCCCUGGCAGUGGUGGCUCUGACUUCACCUGCCCCGGCAAAUGAGUCACCACCGAGUGUUAUAAAAAGCCAGGACCUGCCAAGUUUCACUUCUUGGAACUGAGUGGAAAUUUCAGAAAGCAGCUGCUCUUUCUUUCGUUCAUACUUUCUCCUGUGUGGGUUUCUUGAAGAGAGCUCGCAAUCACAGAGCCUUUAGAGCGCAAAGGACCUGUUGCUGCGUUUGCAUAACCGCGGCGCAACCCUGCGAGUAGUUAUUUGUUCGCUCCAGACCGGCAAAGAUUUAUGCGCUGCUUUAAUUCCGAGCUUCGCGAGGAAUCUCGGGGAAGGCUGGAAGGCGGCUCCCGGACCGUGCAGUGAAAAAUUUCCUUUUGGGCAGCCCCCCCUUCAAAGCGCCUCUGGAGAGGAGAUGUCAGCCCCUUGAGCCGGAUCAAGCAGUGGAAGGGACGGCAUCUACCUAGGCUGCGGUUCCUAUCCUAGGCACAUGGCAUCUGCAUAAGUGGUCGCUGGCAUCCUUUGGUGUGAAGGCAGUAUUAUAUUGAAGUGAUUGGCCGGUGCAAAUAUUGUAGAAUCAGAUCGUUUCCUUCAGUAAGCGACGACAAUAAUGAAUGGACAUAUAUCAAACACCCCUCCUGGUGGAUAUGGAAGUUAUUCUCCUCAGAUCAAUGGCUAUGGCUCACCAACAUUUGCUCAGGCAGAGAGGGAGCAGAGUUCAAGAACAAGUGCAAAAGCUCUUUAUGAACAAAGAAAGCAUUAUGCACGGGACAGCGCCAGCAGCAUAUCUGAAACGUCACACUAUCAUGUGGAGCACUUGACCACCUUUGUUUUGGACCGAAAAGAGGCAAUGAUUACAGUAGAUGAUGGAAUAAGGAAGCUGAAAUUGCUAGAUGCUAAAGGCAAAGUGUGGACUCAAGAUAUGAUCCUUCAAGUGGAUGACAAAGCUGUCAGCUUGGUGGACUUGGAAUCAAAGAAUGAACUGGAGAAUUUUCCUUUAAGCACAAUUCAGCAUUGCCAAGCUGUGAUGAAUGCAUGCAAUUACAAUUCUAUUCUUGCAUUAGUAUGUAAAGAACCCACCCAAAACAAGCCAGAUUUGCAUCUUUUCCAGUGUGAUGAGAUUAAGGCAAGCUUUAUUCAUGAAGAUAUUGAAAGUGCAAUCAGUGACAGCAAAAGUGGAAAACAGAAGAAAAGGCUUGAAACACUGAGGAUGAUAUCCAAAGCUGACAGCGCCAUCCCUCCGCCUCCGCGGGCGCCCGCCCCCGUCCCGCCAGGGACCAUCACCCAGGUGGACGUGCGAAGCCGGGUGGCAGCGUGGUCCGCGUGGGCGGCCGAGCAGGGGGAGUUUGAAAAACAAAGACAGUACCAAGACCAUGAAGAAACAGCAGAAAUGAUAGCAGCCAGGAUUGACAGAGAUGUUCAAAUUCUGAACCAUAUUUUGGAUGACAUUGAAUAUUUUGUUAUGAAACUUCAAAAAGCUGCUGAAGCAUUUGCGGAACUUUCGAAGAGGAAGAAAACUAAGAAAAGUAAAAAGAAAGGACCUGGCGAGGGAGUUCUUACUCUCCGUGCAAAGCCUCCACCUACAGAUGAGUUUGUUGAUUGCUUCCAAAAAUUCAAGCAUGGCUUCAAUCUUGUGGCCAAACUGAAGUUGCAUAUCCAGAAUCCUAGUGCAGCUGAAUUGGUUCAUUUUCUUUUUACACCACUACAUAUGGUGGUGCAGACAACAGGGGGUCCAGAGCUUGCUAGUACAGUACUCAGCCCGCUCCUAACGAAGGAUACUAUAGACUUCCUGCGGUUUACCGUCACCAGUGAAGAAGGGCAGCUGUGGAUGUCGUUGGGUGACACGUGGACUAAAGCUAGAGCGGACUGGCCCAAAGACCACUUUAUUCCACCCUACAUCCCUCGUUUCCGAAAUGGUUGGGAGCCUCCUUUGCUGAACUUCAUAGGAGCUCCAAAGGAACAAGAACUCAAUCAUUUGGCUGAGUCCGUGGCAAACGUUGCAGAGCAGCAGCGGAGACAAGAAAUGAGAAGAUUGUCAACUGAGCCUCCCGGUGUUCCCGACUACCCUCCGUCCGAUGGGUACGCAUUCAGUAACACCGCUUACAAAAGAGGGCCUCUGCUGGACCAAGGGGCCGCUGUUGCCGCCUUUAAGCAAACUGUUAGCCGGCACGUAGAUAGAAACUAUGAAGCACACAGUAAAGCACAGCCCAAGAAAUAUGCCAAAUGCAAGUAUGAGUUUAUGGCAAGAAACAACAGUGAGCUUUCUGUCAUGAAGGAUGAGAUUGUGGAGAUUCUGGAUGAUAGGAAGCAGUGGUGGAAGGUUCAGAAUAAAAGCGGCAGUGCAGGCUUCGUGCCAAACAACAUUUUGGACCCACUGAGAAAUCAAGAAGGUGGUCCAGGAUGGUCAGAACCUGCAUAUACUCGCACCAUCCAGAAACAGAGGAUGGACCAUGUUGCGAAACAGCCCGACCCGGUUCCCGCUACGCCUUCGCCGCCUCCAACGCCCGCUCCCGUCCCCGUGCCCGUCCCGCUGCCUCCCACCGCACCAGCGCCGAUACCCGUUCCCGUCCCCAAAGCCCCAACAGCCGUCAGCCGCCAGAGCAGCACCUCGAGCGACAGCGGUGGCGGCAGCGUCGCACGUGACACCCAGAGGCACAAGCAGCUGCCUGUGGAUCGCAGGAAAUCCCAGAUGGAGGAGGUGCAGGACGAACUCAUUCACCGGCUCACCAUCGGCCGGAGCGCUGCCCAGAGGAAGUUCCACGUGCCGCGACCAAACAUCCCCGUAGUUAAUAUCACUUACGACUCGUCGCCUGAGGACGUCAAAGCGUGGUUGCAGUCCAAAGGAUUCAACCCUGUGACUGUUAACAGCCUCGGUGUGCUGACGGGCGCGCAGCUUUUCUCCCUCAAUAAGGAGGAACUGAGGACUGUCUGCCCGGAAGGGUCUCGAGUCUACAGCCAAAUUACGGUACAGAAAUCUGCCUUAGAGGCUAACAGUGGUAGUUCAGAACUGCAAGAAAUCAUGAGAAGACGACAAGAAAAAAUCAGUGCAGCUGCCACAGAUUCAGGAGUGGAGUCCUUUGAUGAAGCAAGCAGCCACUAAACGUCUUUCCUCUUUUCUUUAAGCCCAUUGUUCCUAACAUUAUAGCAUCAUGCUUUGCUUUAGGAAGCAGUGAAGGAGUCUUAUUACCUUGUAAACAUAAAGAAAAUUUACAGUUAGUUUUCACAGAAAUACCUGCUGUUGGCUUCUCAUGAUUCAAAAUGAAUAGAUGAGAAAUGCAGUUGGAAGUACCCGACAAGUGAAAAUAUUGGCACUUGAAUCGCUUACAUCCAAAGAAAAGUCCUGGCUUUAUGGAAGUAACCAUUCCAUGACACACAAACUGAAACAUGUUUUGGAUUCAUCCUAGUGAAACUGAGCCAGCAAUAAAAAGUAUUUGAACCCUUCAGUAAUAAUAAGAUCUUGAAUCCCAUCUCCUGCUGUAGUUUGCAAUUCUGUCUUUUUGGCUAAGGCUUUCUUAUCAUGCUUUCAUCUGCAGGAUGUUUAGUUAAGUUGUUGGUGCCAGCAGUCAAAGAGAAAAAGUUUAGGGAAUGAACAGCAGCCCCAGCAUAGACUGAAUCUUUCCUGCACCACUCUUGAGAUGUUUUAUUACUAAUGAUGCUGUUUAUGACAAAAUAAUACUCUGUACUUUGAUUUUAUCAAUGCUUCACUCAUGAUGAACCAUAAUAUUACACAGCAAGGAAUAAAUAGAAAAUAGUAAAGCAAGUCAGCUGAAAGAGGUGAUCAGAUCUGCUGUAGGUAACCAUGAAAGAAUUUGCAAUACUUCUUGGUUUUUAGUGGACUUACAUUUUUUGUUUGUAACUUAACCUGUCAAAAGAACAGUGUAUAACCUAGACUUCUUUCUGUGUUGAUCCCUAUGUCAAUUUUUCUUAUGUAAAAAGUUGUUAUUGUUCCUUUAUAGACUUAAUCUUUUGAAAAAGUGGAUUCCUGGAAGCAAAAGGGGGAGAAAAGGAACAUCCCUUCCAGCAGAUAUUAUUUUUGAAGAUACAAUGAUCUUUGUUUUUGUCACAAAAAUGUUUAUUGUUUCACGUGGUCUUGUGAUUUUAUAUAUAAUAUAUAUAUUAUAUAUAAUAUAUAAUAUCACUUAAUUUAGACAUUAAUCGUCUAGUUUGAUUAAGUUUCAUAGUGCCUUUUUCACAUGAAUCAGCUUAAAGUCUGCAAUAAACAGUAUUUCAUGUCUGUUAAAUUGUUGUAUCUUUGUGACUACAAAGAUGGUAUUGAAAUAAGAGAGUGUUCUUGAUUUUUGCCAUUAGUUUGCUCUUCCUCUGAGUACAAGGAAAAAGAAUCGUAUUCAUUUUUUUCAUAAAAGAAAAAUUCCAAUCUUAAUAAAGGUGUUUAGUGCCAUUCAUUGUAAAUGUCCUUAUAAAUACUGCUGUGUGUUGGUUAUGUGUCUAUAUAUAAACAUAUGUAUAUUUUUACAUUUAAUAUAUAUUCUUUAUGCAUGGUAAAAGUACAUAGGUGCUACGCCUGUCAUUUCAAUGUAGAAUUGGAUCAGAAAGGGAAGAACCCCAAACUGAAGUCUGCAAGCAGCAUAGCGAUGACCAUGAAAUUGGUUCCUCUCUUACCCAGCUGGAGAAACAAUUCUUCUUGAUUGCCUUCUUCCUAUUCGAAACAUUUUAAUCAGAGAAUCUUUAUGAUAACUCCAUCUAGUCAGCCUAUAUAUGUAGCUUUAUGGGAGAAAAUUGUCAGUCUCCCCAUGCGUCCUAUCAUCAAAGGUCAAGUCUAGUCAUCCAAAGAUUUGAACUGUUCAAGAUUUGAACUCUGAUUCAACUUAAAAUUUUCUCUUCCUCAUCUACUUUAAUAGGUGUCUGUACUUAGCCCAAAAAGCGAUUGCUGUACAGCAAAGUGCCAUAUGCUGGGUCAUGAGUGACUAAUAAAAAUAAAGCAAGAUCUGAAGCUAAUUCUACAUGGAUGCCACUUUACUUGUAAAUACAGGAGGAGUAAAUCUCUUAAGAGGUCUUUGAGACUAACGUUUAAAAAUUAUUCACUCUCCUUUCAUGUGGAAAGUGUGUCUGAUACCAGAAAGGGCGUUGUAGUGGUUACUUGUACGUCUAUUCCCUUGAUAAUGGUCAAAAUAUGAGCCCCAUUUUCAUACUCUCAGCAGGCUUAUCCUAGCAUUUAACAUUUUGCCCAAAAGGAGGAAUCAGCUCCAAGACUCCUAUUUGUUGCUCUUGGCAGAAGCACCGUAUCUCACCUCUGAGAAGGAAGAGGCAGCUUCACAGCUUGUUUUAAAGCCAUGCUCCAAUAUUAUUGUCAACUGAUGUGAGAAGAACCAGACAAGUUUGAAUGUGGUCAGCAUGGUGAGAUGCAUCUUUGGAGAUCCUUGGGAGGGAAAUAGGCCAUCCCUUCCAUGUACUUUAAUGAUAAGCGGAAUAACCUGUCUGUUCUUGUUGGGUUUUUUGUGUGUUCUUUUUUUUUAAUUUACUAGUAAUGACUUAUUAAUACAGUGCAGCUAGAAGUUGCACUUAGCCUUUAACAGUGCUAAAUUAGACAGCAUGAUUUCUGUUUAACAGUCUGUGAAAUCUAAGUGGCAUUAAGGCAACUGAUUUCCCUUUUGUGCAAAAAUUACAUUAGUGAUUUAAGGCACACUGGAGAGCUGCUUCUGUCUACCUGAAAAAUCUUUGACUUAUCUGGCUUUGACUAACUUGACUUUGCUGGCAAUUACAAGAAAUUUAAUUUUGGGUUAACAGUGAAAAUAAAAUGUUUUUUCAGUGUCUUAGUUGAAAACAACAAUGGUCAAAUGCAAUAUUUCUUUCAAAAUAUUUUUUUCAGGAGUUGAGCAGAGAGGAUUUUUUUUACACUAAUAUUUUAGGAAAAUGCAGUACAUGAGGACUGUCUUUGAAAAAGAAGCAAAAUGAUUAUUUUAUGUCAAUAAAAGUGCCUUUUCAAUUGUCAGAAAAGAGUUGGUGUUUGAUAACGUAACUCCUUUACUAUUUUGCUGUCAUUGAGUCUACAUUUUUAACUGGAGGUGGGCACAAGUCUUAGCAGCAUAUGUCCACUCAGCAGUUUUAGGUUUUCUAAACAUACGUAUUUAAACAUUGGCAUGUCACUUCUUUCCACUCCUUUAGUCUGCUGCUUUCCUAGGGACAUCGGGGGAAAGAAAGCCACUAUGAAACCUCACACUUAGUUCAUAAAAAGAAAAAAAAACAUGUCUAACCUACACUUCUGGUACUGACACAUGGGAAAGGUUAGAUACCGUCUAUCAAGUCAAAUGUUAAACAGUGCUUGGCUCAGACGAACUGUGGCUUAUGAGUUUUUUUUUUUUUUUUUAGUGUAUUUUCAUUACUCUAAAAUCAUUAUUGUGUUAUUGUGUUAAAUAAAAGACAAUAAGUGUUACUUUGGGCCCAGAAAAUAAAUGCAGAAUUGCACAGUAUUGAUGUGUGCAGAAAUCAAUGAUUGAUUUGGAAGCAUCUGUAGAGAUGUGAUGUUCUGAAAUGUAUUGAGCUGCCAGUGACUUUAAGCAUAUUCAUCAGAUGGUUGUGAAGUGCUUUGUUAGACAGUAACUUUAGUGCUUUACUAAUUUAGCUAGGGAAACAAAUAGAAACCCAAUAAAUACUAAUACAAGCUGGA